CCACAAUUGACGACCGCCGAGUUCAGACCAUUUUGUUAGUACCGGUCCAAUACUUAAGAAAGCACACAUCAGCGUCAGGCCCAAUGAAUAUGGCGGACCACUCUUCAGGAUCCCGCACUUUCAUGCAGGUCUACAACUCGCUACCGCCUGAAGCCAGGGAGUCCCUGGUGGAGAAGCAGCUUUCGACGCUGCUGGACUCUGCGCCUCAGAAGAGCUACGACAAAGUGCUGAGAGCCGCGACGACUCUGAAGACCAAGUACGCGGCUGCCCCCACGCUGGACCUCAAAAGAAAGCAGAAAGAGAUAAACGGGCUGAUUGACGAACUCGUGCGGGAUAGCAAACGCGCAAUCGUCUGCGAACGCUCGCAUCGCGAUGAGCUGCUAUCCGAGAUUGUGGAGAGCAUCGUCGGAUGGCUGAACGGCAUAUGGUCUGUCGUAUACGAGUACAACGUUCACUUUCAGGAGGCACACCGGUGUUUGGUCUACCUCUCUGAAGUGUUGGACGCUCUGAAUGAUGCACCGGGUACAGUCGGGCAAUGCAAAUGCCCGCUGGCAUUCAACGCUCUACAAGUGACAAUACGGAAGAAAGGCAAAACGAUCAAGACGUUUAGUCUGCAGGGUCCACGCAACCUCGAUCGUGUGCUCCUGUGGAUAUGGCGGGACCUCUUCGUUUCCAUGUUCGCGAAAGAUAUCCACACGGACCGUAUACCGGAUAUGCUUCGCGAUAUCGAGGAGUGCAUGAAUUGGAAGGCUUUAGAGCGGCUGUUGUAUGGUGGAGCUGCCGCUCGAUCGUUAUUCCGAGAGGAUGCCGAUGAUGACGACGAUGAUUUCGAUGACGACAACGACCAGGUCUGCCAAGAUGAUGACAAUGACGGCGGCGAAGGCGAAGACGACGAGCCUAGCAGAGGUUCCUGGCGCUGCCGUUGCAAAUAUCAUGCUAAUCACUGGAACAAGCAUGCCAACGACCAACGCAAUGAGCUUCGCGACCUUGUCACUGAGCAUCUUCAAAAUCUUUUCGAGCUUGCGCCAUCCCUGAAGCUUUUUACGAGUAUUGUCGCAAUCAGCCCUGAUAGAGAGUUGACGGAGAUGGACCUAUUCGACACGAUCUCCAACAUCGCAGGGGCUUCAGCGGACGCACUUGUGGCUGCGCUCGAGAUUCAUGGCUCACAAGGACAGGCGGCCGAUCUCAUGAGCCUGCUCGAGGAGCAUGCUCACUUACUCCGGCCUCGGGAUGCUUCGGUUUACCAAGCAGCCGUCGCUGUUCUCUCCGAGUUCCAUGGCUAUCACGAGCAGGCGCUCGAGCUGGCUGAAAAAGAGCUGCUCGAUGCUGCAGCCGGUGUGCGGAUGGGCAUCAAAACGGCAUUCUCGCAAAUAGAUGAUCCGACUUCAGUCGCUGCGCUCUCUGAGAUUCUGAAGCUUCGGCCCGAUCACUUGACACGCUCUCAGCGGGUCGAGACCUGGGUCGAGAAGGCGCUGACUCCCGGUUCUCAGCCUGCUAACCCGAUGGCAUUUGCGGCCAUGGUCAUGGGGUUCCCGUUCGCUGGCAGCUUUGACGAAUCGGACGACGCAGAAGUGCUUGGGUAUCUAGACAUCGACUCGCGGGACCCUGACUUGGCUGACCUCCGGGAGGAAUUCAGGCCUCGGCUGCGGGAUCGCUUCGAGGGAUGGACCAGUGUCAUCCGCGACAUGAAAGGAGGCAAUGUGUUGCUGACCAGAGUGUACCUAAAGAUCGUCGAGGACAUGCCGUUGUUCAGGGUGAAUGAUAUAGCGGAGGAAAUGCUCAACCGACUCAGUGAAAGACCUCAUAAAGCGCAUAUAUCCGAUGCGAUUGAGGCGCUGCAGGCCUUCUGCAAGACGCAGCGACGCAAAAUUGCAGCCCGGGCUGAGAGGAAACGGCGGAGCGAAGCGAAGAAGGCCGCUCCCGUUGGCCCCCGCUCGCGGAAGCAUGAUGAAUAUGUUGAUAUGCCUGAGCUGUCACCCACCGACCGAGGCCCUGAACCUGGUUCCUCAAGCUGGGCUGGUGGUCUGAAUGAUGUGGACUGACGCAGCUCUCUCCCUUUACCUUACUUCUCAUCUAAUGAUGUAUAUUACAUUACUCACAACUUCUUGCUACUGCCGGGAUCGAUUAGAUCUCGAGACUGGCAUUUGCUCAAGGUGGACAGUUAACGUUCAUCGUAAAUCCUUGCUUCAAAUUCCUUUCACGAUGCGUGAGAGACUGCUAGUUUCUGCUCGACACAUGGUGAUAUAUACCAGCACGACAUGGGAUGGGACACGACAUGGUUACUUACAGAGCAGUGCCUGCUCCAGGCGUCAGCGACCGGUGAUCACCGGACAUCAUCCGGAGUCCGGACGUCAGUUGGGUGCUUUCAUAUCGGCUUUCGCGAUGCCCGG